GUUUGUUUUGUGGGUAACUUGCCGCUCGUACCGGACAGCUGCCACACCGGACUCGGACUGAGCCGAACUGUCGUUCCUGUGAUGCCCCAGGGCGGGCUGAGCUGGUCGGCGUUGCGAUGCCUUAUGUGGACCGACAGAAUCGCAUCUGCGGCUUCCUGGACAUCGAGGAGAAUGAGAGCAGCGGCAGGUUCCUGCGGCGGUACUUCAUCCUGGACACUCAGCAGGGCGAUCUGCUGUGGUACAUGGACAACCCACAGAAUCUGCCUAAAGGUGCAGAGAAGGUGGGCUCUCUCAAACUCACCUACAUCUCCAAGGUCAGUGAUGCCACCAAACUCAGACCGAAGGCAGAGUUCUGCUUUGUUAUAAAUGCAGGAAUGAGGAAGUUUUAUCUGCAGGCCAACGAUGAGCAGGAUUUGGUGGAAUGGAUCAGUGUUCUCAACAACGCCACCAAGAUUACAGUGCCAAAGCCAGGCGAGGGCCAAACAACCGCCCACGCAGAGACGCCACAGGAAGUACUGGGAGCCAUGAAACAGCUCUCCUACAAGAUGGAAAUCAUAGGAGGAGUCCCUAUCGUCACCGCCACACAGGAGCAGGGGGAGGGGCAGAGCGAGGCGGAGCGCGGAGGUUUGAAGCGGGGUCAGAAUCAGCUGCCCUACUUCCUGUCCAGAGGAGCCCAGGACCAGGCCGUCAUCAAGGACGGAUACUGUGUCAAACAGGGAGCUCUGAUGAAGAACUGGAAGAGGAGGUACUUCAUGCUGGAUGAAAACGCUGUCAGCUACUACAAAUCUGACCUGGACAGGGAGGCGCUGAGAGCCAUCCCGCUGAAGGAGAUUCACAAAGUCCAGGAGUGCAAACAGAGCGAGCUGAUGAUGAGGGACAACCUGUUCGAAAUGGUCACCAGCUCCAGAACCUUCUACAUACAGGCUGACAGUCCAGAGGACAUGCACAGCUGGAUUAAGGCCAUCUCAGGAGCGAUCGUGGCUCAGCGCGGCCCCGGGCGCUCCGCUAACAUUGAGUUUCACAACUCGAUGAUGAUGAAGGAGCGCAGUGAGCUCUCCUCUCCCUCCCCAGUAUCCUACUCCACCUUCUACUACCCCUGCGACGAGGAGCCGCACCACCCACAGUCCUCCUCAGAGGGCCCUCAGCUUCACUCUGGACACGCACCACCAGGACAACUUCCUGGGCCUGCUCCCGUGGAGGCUGAGCGGCGUUCAGUCGGUGAUGAUGCCCCUGCCGCCGGCACGCUCACGCCUGUCGCUGCAGGAGACGGUGCAGUCUUCAAAGUAACAGAGCUGGACAAGUCACCGUGGAAACGGCGCAGCGAAAUCGCCCGGCUGGGGUUAGUUGACGGCGGUGGCAAGGAGGAGCUGAACAGUCGCACCACUGAGAAUUCUGACAUGCAGAUUACCCUGAUUUGAUGAUGAUGAUGAUGAUGAUGAUUGACAAUCUGUAAAGGACACACACACUUCAACAUAAGCUCCUGAGUUGUUCUGUGUGCUUCACAAACUACCUGACUGACUCAAUGAUCCGUCUCCAAACUUCCUGGGACCAUUGUUUUGUAUGUGUGUGCACACGUGGAAUCGGACCUCCUUCCUCUGCCGUGUUUUCCUUCACUUUUGUCUUCCCGGAUUUUAUUUACAAAGUGUUGCUUCUGGCAAACAGAAUCCACAUUGUCAUGCGAAGAAAAAAUAAAUCUUAGAUAUUGUGCAGUGACGUUUUCACCGUGAGCCCUGCUCGUCGCACAGCGAUGGGCUGGUUUCACGACUCGUGUAAGAAACAGACGAACCAAAGUUUGCAGUUGUGUUUUCUUUACAGAUGUUGCUGUCAGAAACAGGAAGUGUCCGUUGUUUGUGUUGACCCUGCUGAGGGACUGACUAAUCCAGCUUCUUCUCAGAUAAUUUUUUAAGACAAUCCGCUUGAUAUUCUCUUCUGUAACUCUUUAAUCCUAAAUUUCCACUGGAGAACCUUUACCGUCUUCUCUCUCCUCUCCAGUAGAAAGGUCAAACUUGUUUCAGAGGUUCAAAGCUCAAAUUCACUGAGGUGGCAUUUAUAUGGAUGUCUGCACUUUGUUUCCAGAGUCCUGGGAAUGAAGAGCAACAUACUUAUUUUAGACAUCAUGCUGUCUUUGGAGGUAAUUCAUGGAUUAUAACAUUAUUAUAAGCCAGGAGGUCACAGAAUUUUUAACGCUGAGGGUUUAAUGCUUAACAUGCCCGAAUAAGACAAACCAUAAUUUGUAAAUUUCAGUGCAGUUGCUAGUAGUCUAAUCAUUGCCGUGCGUCACCUACAGAUACAAUAUGUGGGUUUGUGAAAACAUCGUAUUUAUGAAGUGUCGACGUUUCUGAAAAGAAAAACAGCUUUUCAUUUAAAAUUAGCAACAUAAUUUCAAAAACUUCCGUAAAUCCGUAGAAGAUUUGCAUCAACUGAAGCGAAAAAUUGAAAUGAACCACAGCUGACAGAACACUUUGAUCCGUGAUUAGACGUUAUGAGCUCCUCGCUGUAUAAACCAGCAGAGAAUCAGAGCUCAGCGCUAACAGUAAAACAUUCAAAUGUCUUUCAGUGUUUAUGUUUAAAAUACGAGAUGAAACGACACAAAGCAGCGUUCGUAAAAAGGACUCACAGCUGUGGACUGAAUCUCACCAGCGUCACUCCUCAUGACACGGCUCCUCUGUGACUCCAUCACAUGUUGAUGUGUUUGUGUUUUAGUUUAAAAAUGAAACCCGACUCGUACUGUCCAUCUGUAAAUGUUGUUUUUGGACUCGGGAGCUGGAUGAAACUCAGCAGCAAUGUUCUGUCGUUUUGUUCUUGUUGGGUCCUCGGCUGCGAGGCGGCACUCCGUGUGGUUGUGGGUUUUCCUUUUUGUUCUUAUGUCCUUUUAGUUUUGAUGAUGAUUUUAUGAUUUACGCGAUGAGAUGCUUUUGGGGAAAAAAAAUGUUCACAUACAUGUUGUUUACUGACUUUUGUAAAACAGGUGUGCAUGGCUGCAUGCACACACACACCCCUCCCCCUCCACUACUGUUCCCUGUUAAAGAUAAGCUGGGUAAAGUGCCUGCAAUGUUCUUUGUAAAGAGUUGAUAAAAAAGGAGCUGUUCUGACCCUUUUUAGUGUGUAUUUGAGUCUCAGACCAUGUGCUCUGUUUAUUAAAAGAAAAAUGAAAAUGA